UAUCCGUAGCUUUAAAUGGGUGGGUGGAGGGCUCCCUGCCCCCGCCUGUCUCCCCGCGACCGCCCGCACCCCGGCUGGACCCAGACACGCGCCGUGAGCCCAUCCCCGCCGCUGCCCCUGGGCGGCCGGACCCCCGGGCUCGGCGUCGUCGCUGGGGAGAGCGACCUUGGCCACACCAAGGAGGUUACGAAAUUGGCUGGGGCGAAAAAGAACUUCUCCGUCAGUCACCUGCUAGACCUGGAGGAAGCCGGGGACAUGGUGGCGGCACAGGCGGACGAGAGCGUGGGCGAGGCGGGCCGGAGCCUGCUGGAAUCGCCGGGACUCACCAGCGGCAGCGACACCCCACAGCAGGACAAUGAUCAGCUGAACUCAGAGGAAAAGAAGAAGAGAAAGCAGCGGAGGAACAGGACAACUUUCAACAGCAGCCAGCUGCAGGCUUUGGAGCGUGUCUUUGAGCGGACACACUACCCUGAUGCUUUUGUGCGAGAAGACCUUGCCCGCAGGGUGAACCUCACCGAGGCCAGAGUGCAGGUGUGGUUUCAGAACCGAAGAGCCAAGUUCCGCAGGAAUGAGAGAGCCAUGCUGGCCAAUAAAAAUGCUUCCCUCCUCAAAUCCUACUCAGGAGAUGUGACUGCUGUGGAGCAGCCCAUCGUACCUCGUCCUGCUCCAAGGCCCACCGACUAUCUCUCCUGGGGGACAGCUUCUCCGUACAGCGCCAUGGCUACUUAUUCUGCCACAUGUGCCAACAAUAGCCCUGCACAGGGCAUCAACAUGGCCAACAGCAUUGCCAACCUGAGACUGAAGGCCAAGGAAUAUAGUUUACAGAGGAACCAGGUGCCAACAGUCAACUGAGGAAUAAAAAUUAAUUAAACAGGCCUAAGAAGAAAUCAAAAACCAUAAGACACCUAUCCUGCUCUGUCAUUUCUUCAUCUGCUGGAAAAAAAAAAGUAAAAACAAAUAAAAAACAGAACUAAAUAUUGGGACCAUGGCAGAGAAAAGCAGGAGAGGAGCAAAAUGAAAAUUAGUUAACAAAUGUUCCUCCUCCCUCUGGGAUACCACCACCACUUGUUUCUGUGUGUGUUUAUUUUGUUUUUCUUUCUAUUCAUGCUUUGCUUAAUAUAUUCUGAGCUUCUUCAGUUAGACUCAGCCCACCCACUCCCAUGAUUGUAUGAAGUUUAAAAAAAAAAAAGUCUACAGCAGCCAAAGAAACCAUAUGUAUCUGACUGCAGAAUCGUUGCCUGCAGUCUUCUUCACCUGUUUGAACCUCAGUGCCUUAUUCUGUCAUCUUCCCAGUUCUUUGGAAGCUCUAAGAGCUUUUGCAAAGCCUAAGUUUUUCUGAAAUAUCUUUGCCAGGCACGAUUCCCUUUCUCAUUGUCUCCAUAUCUGUUGGUCAUGGGAAGGUUUUUCCAUCAGUUACUGGGGAAAAGGAAAUUGUGUAUAACAUCUGGUCAUAGGCCUGUCUGAUCCAAUGUGAUUGGGUGUGUCUGGUUAGCUCUAGAUCUAAGCUCUAGAUUUAAGCUCUAAGCUAUAGAUUCUAAUUGUCACCAUCAACACUACUCCUCACCCUUAUUCGAACAGCCAUCUUAAGUUAAAGAUAAUUCCAGUGUUUGAAUAACUUGCUGUCACUGGCUAUCUGAGAGAAGAAAUAUUUUUCACUUGACAGAGGAAGAGAAAUUUCUCUAGGAAAACAAAAACUGAUUUGAGAAAGGCAUGGCCUACAUAUCUUCAGUGCCUUAAGGAUAGCCAGAUGCACACUUAUAUAUAUACUGUAUAUAUUUAUAUAUUUUAUAUAUAUAUAUAAAAUAUUGCAAGCAUGAGUUUGCAGUUUCUCAAACACUACAAAGAGCAAAGUUCACACCAUCACUACUGUCCUCAUCUCUGCAUUGAUGAGACAUUGAUUAGGGAUUUUUCUUCUUUUCUUUUUCUACACAAACUUCUUCUUAAGACCACCGAGCAACUGAUAGGACAGUUCUUUGACAAUAUCCCAUUUUCAUAUUAGGGCUUUAAAUGAAUUAGAACUUAUGUGAGGCUCUGAAAGUGUCCUUAAACUUAGAGACUGUGCUCUGGUGGAACGCUGACAUAUUCUGAUCUACCCUGGGAAUUACACUUGGAAGGAAAGCCAUGUGGUCAUCUGUCCUUCCUCCAAUCAGCAGUAGUAUGAAAGAGACAUAUUUAAGUACAAUACUUAAAGAAUUGUCGAGAUUCCAAAAAUGUCAAAGGAGAUCAUGGGUUAUUUUUACCUUUGAAUAUUUUGAAAUAAAGUUUAGCCUCUAGGGCUGGGAACCAGGACUGAUCUUCCUUUAUCUCUUUCUGUUUGUUCCCAGCCAUGCUUUUGCAACGUGCCAGGUGGAUUUGACCAAACCACAUUACCAUGCUGUGCCUCAGUUUGCCUGUUUGUAAAAUGGGUUUUUAAACAGUACUUACCUACCUCACAGGGGUGUUGUGAGGCUCUGCUCACUUGUUCCUUCAUUCUUUCCUGUAUUCUCUGUAUGUCCAGCACUUUGCAGCCGUGGGAGGAAAGGAAUGAUAAAACUGUAUCAUGUUAAUGGAAUUAAAUGAGUCCUGGAAGCCUUGUCUUCUAGCAAGGAAAUGCUACCUUGCUACACAUACUUAUAACCUUGUAUUUGGGAAUGAGAAAUGAUUUUAUAUUUUCACAUCUCUCAAAAUCACAUCAUUUGACCAAAGAAUAAUUUAAGACACACAGAAUACACAUAUUUUUAACUUCUCUUCUCAUCUUGGCCAGCUUGGUUGUAAUAAUUUUAGUCAGCACUGAUGAAAAGCCUUUAGAUUGAUUUUGGUGAGUUAUGCCCACUUUUGUACUAUGAGUGACAGGCAAGAAAAGUUGUGUUUAAGAUGCACUUUCAGCACACAUCUGUAUUUCCCUUGGCAUAUCUGAUUGAGCUAAGGUGAUGCAUUCUUAAGUCUAACAACCACCAAUCUGAAAAUGUAUAUCAAGUAUUGACUUGUUGCUUCUUUAAUAAGAAGGAAAACCAUAAUAUGCAUUUUGCUUUCACCAACUGAUUUCCUCUUCUUUUAGUCCACUAUUAAAAUAUUUCUUACUGAAUUGUUCAUAGAGUCUGGCUGAACAACUCGCAUUACUUGCUUCACUAUAAGAGUCCCUUGACUCAUUCUUUUAUCCAAUAAGUUGCUGUGGAUCAUCAAGUUUCAAAAGAACAGCAUAUCCUAACAGAAGGAAACUUUCUUUGAUUCUGAAGGAGUGCAAUCCAAGAAAUGGGUAAACUUUGGGCGUUUGGAGUAUGGGAUAAACAGCUGAAAGCUUUGGGUUAUUUUCAGAGAACAGAAAUUACACAUGAAAAGAUUUUGCCAAGAAGGGGGCACUCUUACAAGGUGGGUAGCGAGAAGUAGGGUCUUCAUCUGGGUAUCCAUUUACCAUGGCAUACAGAAAAGCCUGAAUUCAUGCACCCAAAUGGUAGGUAAACUGGAUAGGUUCAUCCAAUGCCUUGGGCAAGAGCCAUCUGAGAAUCUCAUCCACUAACUAGGGCUGAUCAUCCAUAAGGAUGCUCCUUACUGGUGAGCCAGCACCACAGGCAUCAAUUAAUAAGCACUUGAUCAAGAAAUAUAUAUGUAGUAAAUGCACUCUUCAGUUUUAUUCACUUAUUGUCGAUUUUUUUAAAGUGUGAGUUUGAUAUGUGAUAUGGAGGAGUAGCCUCUGGCUCUCAAGCCUGUUGUCAGAGAGGGCCUCAGGGCCACAAACUUCAAGGCAUAUUCUUGGUUCCUGACCAUCACAUCUAGAUACAGAUGAGUACAUUUGAACUGUGUCUUCUCUGUCCCCAGUCCCUCCUCAAACAUGAUGCUGAUCUGUAGUGUACUUGGCAGGUUAAAUUAAACCAGAAGAAGUGACCUAACCAAAAAAGGGAAUGGCAUUUAGGGUUUAAAGAUCUCAUAAGAAAUGUAAUAUGUAAAUUAUAUCUUGCUUUAUGAUGUAAAAUAUACAUUGUUUGCGCUAGAAUAGAAAUAAUUUCUUUUCAAUAAAAUGAAAGAAGGAUA